UUGCGCUCUUUUUGCCAGAGCGCACGCGCAAAGCCGUUGCGGCGAAGCGGCAAGAAACCAGUUUCCAAGACAUGCGACUGGAAACCAAAUUAGCGAGCUAAAGCUUCGAGAUACGUUACCAAAAGACGAUUUUAUGCCAACGCAAAGUUGGCCAACAAUCUGCAAUUUCAGUCUGCAAACGGUCAGCCAGGUGAACGGCAGCCAAGACAGGUUGGCAACACAAACCAAAGCGGGAAAUAAAAAUUUCAACAGCAACUGCACAGACGUCAUAAUGAAAAGAGCCAAACGCUGGCUGUUCAUGACAGCGACAGUGCUGUUGUUGGGUCUGAUUGGCUCCGCGGAUGCUGCGCUGCCCUUCAAGAAGGUCUCCAUUGCCAAAACACCUGCCUCUACAACCAGCACAAGCACAACGACUACCGAAAGUUCAGAACCUGCCACAGAAAAACAAGAUCUGCCACAGCCCACCGGCGAGGGGGAGGAGAGCAAGGGGAACAAGGCGGACAAUGUGACGCUGUCGAAAAACUCCAAAUUGACGGGAAUACCGCAAAUUGAUUAUGUCUGGGAUCCAAAUUUGCCACGAGAGCUGAGAGGCUUCAAUCUCUCGAGCUAUCCUUUCUUGUCUACCGUUCCACCCAUGGAUGAGAUUCACUUCAAGUGCGAGGGCCUCCACGACGGUUUUUAUGCCUCAAUUGAGUACAAAUGUCAGAUCUAUCAUCAUUGCGUCUACGGUAUACGACACGAUUUCCUCUGCGCCAAUUUCACGGCCUUCGAUCAGCGCACCUUCAUCUGUCACUUUGCCUCCGAUGUGGACUGCGAGGGCUCCCAAAAGUACUGGAACAGAAAUGAUGAGCUUUACAUGGCCACCACGACGUCGUCGACGAGCACCACCACAACGGAACCACCACCAGCCCCGCCCAGACGUCGGGCGCAGCGACCCUAUCAUCGACCCUACAACCGCCGCCCCGUGGAUGACUACUAUUAUGACGAGUCUGACGAUGAGUACUAUGAGGAGCGCUACAGUCGUCGCAAUCCACGGCCGCGUCCGCGAAAGCCGCAACUGCAACUGGACUACGACGAUGAGUACGAGGAUAAGCAAGUGGGGGAAAAGCCGCUACGACGCAACCGCAAUCGCUACAGGGACGAGGAUGAGCUCGUUGACGAGGACUAUGAUGAUCGGCGCAAUCGACCAGGUGCUCGGCGUGGCAAGCCCCAGCCGGCAGCUGGCGGACGUGGUAAGGCAUCUCCUCGCAAGCCGGGACGCGUUGAUGAGCGUCGCAGCUUCAAUGAGGAACGCGUCGCCGACGAGCCACGUCGUUCAGGUGGCAGACGCCGCAGCAGUGAGAAGCGCACGACACCAUCUACGGUAGCCGUGCUGGACGAGCUUGAUGAGUAUGAGAAGCCCUACGGGCUGGACCAAGAGGAGGCAGCCGAAGAGCAAACACCGCAGAAAGUCAAAACAACGCCCAAGCCGUUGACUGAGUUUGUUACGCCCAAAGCGGCGGCUGCCUCCGUCUAUGCCCGUCCCCGUGCACCCCCGCGCAUAGCACGUCCCGUGCCCGUCAAUGAGAAGAAGAAGUUCUCCUAUCCCGUGCAGAAGAUCACGGCUACCACACACGCUCCGGCAGGUGGUGAACAGGAGGAUGAUGAUUACUAUCAAGACCGUGAACAGCAGGACGAGGACUACGAGCAGCCGGCCCAGCCAGCACGCAAUGCGCCACGCAGACGCACUGCAGCCCCCAAAGAACAGAAGCCCACACGCUCAACUCUGCGCAAGCCAGUAACAGACAAGAAGGCGCUGCUGGACGAGGAGGAUGACUACGAGGCCGAGCCAACGCCACGCCGCAAGCGUCCACAGGCCAGCAGAGCUCGUGCGCCGGCUGCUGAUGUGGACUUCGUGGACGAUGUGGAUUACGAGGAGCGGCCAGCACCUGCUCGAGCGCAGCGAGUGCGCCCCAAACCAGCUGUACCCGCACCACGUAAGCCUGCAGCGCGCCCAAGACAACCCAUUGUGCAGGAGGACGAAGAGGAGCAUGUCGAGCCCGCCAGUGAAGAGCAGCCAGCACAACAACGUGUGGCAUCGGCGCUCACGAAAUCCAACUCCUUUGUGGGCAUAACCCCGGCUCGACGCAAUCAAAAACUAGCGCUAGCCAAUCGACAACGUGCGUUGCCCACGUCCAGGACAACAGCAGCGCCCGCACUGGAAGAGGAACUACCCGAGGAGGAGCCACUGCAGCCAGAGCACGCGGAGCCAGAUGAGGUUGAUGAGCCGUUGGCGCCAGCAGCGCCAGCCAAACCCCUGCGACCCGCUUCGGUACGUGUGGUCAAGCGACCCUUCCUGCCCUCGCGUGGUGGCAGCCCAUAUUUGCCGCGUGGCCUUCAGCCGGUGGGCGUGGCAGUGCGGCCGCAACUGACCAGCGAAACGCGCACCACAGACAGCACGCCCAUCGACAUGGGCUCAACCAUAUCGGGCGUGCGCCUGCUGGAGCAUGGAGCACCGCUGCUGCGCGGCGAACAGCCGGGCAGUGACAGUGACGGUGACGGUGACAGUGAGACUGACAGCGAUGAGCUGCCGGCACCGUCGCCCAACCCACCGCGCACCACAUUGCCGCCACGCAGCGCACUGCCCACAUCGGUAACGCCUAGGCGGCCAGAGCCACAGCCACAGCCGGUCAAGCUCAAUCUGGACGAACUCUAUGAGAACGACUACGAUGUGACGCUGAACGAUGCGCUCGAUCCCACGCUUAAACCGCUUACGCCACUGCAUCCACAUCAGCAUCAGAAUCAGCAUCAGCAUGCCAACUAUCAGAGCCGGCCCUAUGCUAGUGCGUAUGUCGCACCCGCUGCCAGCGGGGCGUACAAUCCAUUUGCCGGCCAUGGCAAUAACAACUAUCAACAGCAGGCAUCCAUCUAUCAGAAUCAUUCGCCGUCAUCAUCCCAUGCAUCCGCUUCGCAGUCACAGCCUCAGUCUCAGUCACAUUCGCCACCGAACUAUCAUAGUGAUUCCUAUUUCUCAUCGACAGAUAUACGCCGGAGAGCGAUUGUCCCGGCGCAGGUCUCGCGUGCACAUCGACACGAAUACGCUGCCGGAGGAGCAGUGAGCAGCACCCAAACGGGCGCACGUCAUGCCCAGCAUUACUACGAUGAGUUUGCAUAUUAGUCGCGGUUACAAGUCUGUGAAAAAUCAAGUUUCUUCAGCUGUAAAUAACUAGAAGGCGUACCAGGUGCCUAGGCAACUGCUUUUCUACACUAUCUUUUUCUUUUUGAUAUAUUUUAGUCCUCCUCCUUAGCCGCAAGCUAAUUAUAAUAUUUUUUUCUAUAGUUAAAGUUGAAUCAGGCAAAAUUUCCAAACACACAAUUUGCGCUUAACUUUUACGUGAAACAGAGAAGCAAAAAAAUUAUUAAUAUAUACAUUAUAUAAUACUCAAUUGUCGUGAUAGUAGCCGAGACAAAAGUAACUUUCAAGUUUUGUCUGCUAAUUUUUAUGUAGUACACAAACAACAACAAUAACAACCAUCAACAGCCGCUGCGCUUAGCUAAAUACUUGAAUGCGGUAAACAAAUUGAACAAAAAACAACAAAAAAAAACAAAUUAAUUUAAAUUUAGUAUGCAAAAACAUUUUGUGUGCGUGUAUUAUUUAAGCUGUAUUCUAGGCUCAAGUCGAGUGCUUAAACAAAAUUAAAACUAUGAUACAAAACAACUAAAAAAAAAGCAAAAACAAUAACCUUAACUUUAAUAUACAUUUAACUUGAUUGCGUUUCGCUUGUGCAAAGGCAGCUCUUCAG